CCCCUCUCUUCCCUCUCUCCCCUUUCCUUGCUGACCAUUUUGCCCUUCCUCCCCUCUCUCCUUUCUCUCCUGUUCCCCUCCAGCAGCCAGGCUCCCGCCGCCGCCGACCGCUGCCAAUUUGGUUUCUGUCCUUUUUGUCUCAAGUCCACCUAAUCCAACCUGAUAGAAGUUUAUCCCUAAAACUCAAAUUGAAUCAUUGAUUUCCACUUUGAUCGACGAUCCAUGGACGCUGAAUGGAUUGUUUCGCUUUUGAUGCAGAAACUCCAAGCUCUUCUCCUUGAUCAAGCAACUUUUACUAAAUCAAAGUUUAGAAAUCGAGUUCAGAGGGCCACAAAUAAGCUCCAUUUACUCGAGCAACGCUUUCGAGAUGCAGGAAAUGAUCAACAGAUGGUGAGGAGGCUUCUGGGAGCAAUUUACUUUGCAGAAGAUGCAAUUGAUACAUUUCUUACAAGGGUACCAUCGCAAAGACAUGGAGAUUCAAGUGAAAAGUUUCAACCUUUUACCAGCUUGGUCUACUUAUGGAGCCAAUAUCUGUUUACCCUUAAGAUCCAGAAAUUCAUGGCACAAAUCCAGGUUGUUGAUGGCUAUAAUAACAACAUUUCUGGAUUGAGCUUGCAAAAUGUGACAAGCCAUGGCCAGCAACAGCGCCGGGGAAUAGUUUCUACAAGUUCUUAUUUGGAUGAGGAGAAAGAUGCUGUUGGUCUUGAAGAUCAAGUGAGGGAGUUGGUGGGUCGACUAAUCCCCGAGCACGAAAGCAGUCAGGCUGCCACUGAAGUCAUUUCAGUGGUGGGAGAAGAAGGCUCAGGCAAGACAAUUCUAGCAAGGAUUGUCUAUGAAAGAGUAAGAAUUAAGCAACAUUUCAAGAUUCGUGUUUGGGUUAAUGCUUCUAAUUUUGAGUUCAGAGCUAGAGAUGUGAUGUUUGAGAUGUUAAAACAAGUUGAUGAGAUAGUAGCUGAAGCAGAAGAGCCGCCUUUAGAGCAGGAUUUGAUGUCAAUGCUUAGCGAGCUUUUAGGUGCGGACAGGUACCUCAUCAUUGUAGAUGAUGUUGGGAUGCUUGAAGUUUGGGAAAGACUAAGAAUUGUGUUUCCUAAUUCAAACAAUGGUAGCAAGAUAAUUGUCACUACUCGCAAUGCAAAUGUAGUAGCACGCGACUCCUCUCCAACUGUACAAACAUGCAGACUGAAAAAUGAAGAGAGUUGGCAAUUGUUCUUAAAGAAGGCAUGCAUACCAGAAGAUAGUUUCAGUAACAAUCUGGAAUUGGCCACAUUCAAAGAGCAAAUCUUAAAGUUAUGUGGUGGUUUACCAAUGUCAAUCAUCUUGAUAGGAGGUUUGUUGUCACUGAAAGAAUCAAGUCAUGAUGAACGGUUGAGUGUGAUAGAGAAUGCAAGUAAUCUUGGUGGGGAUAUCUUUACUUUCAGCUAUCAAGAACUUCCUGCUGCAAUUAAACCCUGCUUUCUUUACAUGGGACUCUUCCCAAAAGCAUUUGAGGUUCCUGUGAGGAGGUUGUUUCUGUUAUGGAUUGCUGAAGGAUUGGUGAGUCACUCGUCGUGUUCAGGGGAAUUAACACCUGAGGAUGUGGCAAAUGCAUAUUUUGAAGAGCUAAUUAAUAGAAAUAUGAUAGAAGUUACAAAAUGGAGGUCGGAUGGAAUCCCGAAAAUGUGUUGCAUGCCAGGUGCCUUGUAUGAUGUCUUCUCUCCAAAAGCAGCAGAUAUGGGACUAUUUUAUGUCCAUUGCAAGUCACAUUACACAUCUGGAGAUCUGCCACCAUUUGCAGUCCGGCGUCUUGCAUCAUACUUGGGAAUCAAUUACUAUCCUUGCUCAGAUCAGUACAUUCAGCACCUUCGUUCUUACGUAUGCUUGAGCAAACGAAAAAGAGGUAUACCUGCUGUUGAAAUAGGUAAGUUUCUAAACAAGAUCAUAGACUUGGGAUUGUUGACUGUACUAGAUCUUGAAGGUGUAUACAAACCUAGGCUGCCCAAUACACUUGGAAAAUUGUUCAACUUGACCUAUCUGGGCUUGAGAUCAACUGUUUUAGAAUCACUUCCUGAUUCAGUUUGUGACUUGCCACGCUUGGAGACUUUAGAUGUGAAACACACUAUGAUCACCACUUUGCCUAGUUCUAUUUGGAUGAGAACAAACUUGAGACAUUUGUAUAUGGAUUGGAUUAAUUUUGAUGAUAUGCCCAUUCCUUCAGCAUCCAAGCUUCAGACCUUAUGGGGUUUAUCCAUAAGUGAAUAUAGCCCUGUGUUGAGCACAUUGAACAAGAUAACAUGCCUUAGAAAGUUGGGGCUUAGUUUCAGUUCGACGUCACAAGAGCCUAUAAACAAUUGGAUUGUACAAUUGACCAACCUUCAAUCUCUAAGGUUAAGAUCAGUAAAAAAAUCUGGUGAGCGCGGAUCCAUCAAAUUGGUUACAAGUACAACGUCAGAGCUGACAAAGCAUCAGAAGCUGUUGGACUUGUAUUUGCUCGGAGUGUUACCAAGACCAGUUGAUGUUAAGCGCCUUCCUCCAAACCUUAAAAUCCUAACGUUGUCAAUGUCCGGACUAAGAAAAGACCCAAUGAGAAUGCUUGGACGGUUGCCUCACCUCAACAUCCUCAGGCUUUUUGCUGAAUCCUACUUAGGGGAAGAAAUGACAUGUCACCAUGGUGGUUUUCCUCACCUCCAUGUCUUGAAAUUGUGGAACCUGAUGGAGCUCAAAGAGUUGAGUGUGGAGGAGGGAGCCAUGACUUGCCUUAGGGAAAUGGAAAUAAGGGCCUGCAGAAGACUGCAGAGGCUUGAUGGAUUAAGGCAUGUCACCACAUUGAAGGAAUUGACACUGACAAAUAUGGCUUUGGAUUUUGCAAAAGAAGUUAAAGAAAGCAUUGGCACAAAUGUAUUUGUCAGAGUAAAUGAGUGGAAACCUUGUCCUUUACUAGCAUAAAAAUACUCGUGGUGGAUAGAGAAUGAGGCAGAAAAUAUUUUGGAGAAGCAAGACCCAUCAUUUUGUGUUUACAAUUUGUUUGAAAAGAAUUAUUUUAUUAGAUUAAAAGUCACAAAUGGAAAUAUGGUGGAAUGAAGCAUUCAAAAAGACUCUUGUCCUUUGUUUAAUCUUGCAGCAAACUGAUUAUAUGGUGUUGCUUAUUGUUUACUGCAAGCCAACAAUAUGUUGAUUUGUUGCUUCUAUAUAUAUGUUUGAUUUUGGUAUGGUCUAUACUCUUUUUAUUGGAC